AUGAUUUAUGAAGCUAAAGUGCUAGAUGUAGAUUAUUUGGAUCAAAAACACCCAAAAUCAGAUGUUUCCGGACCACAUUAUUUAAUACAUUAUAAAGAACCCAGAGUUUUAAAAUUUAAUGAAACUAAUUUAUCAAAACGAAAACAAAUCGAAGAAUCAUUUAAUAAAAAAAAUAAAGCAUCAACAGGAAAGAAGAGAAGAAGAGAACAAUCGAUUGAUAAAGAUGAAAUUCUCAAGAAACCUAUAAUAGCAAUUCCAAUACCUGAAAUGCUAAAAUCCAUAUUAGUUCAAGAUUGGGAAAAUAUUAAUACAUCACAAUUAGUCGUACGAUUACCACGUAAACCAUCAGUGGUAGAUAUAAUUGAUCAUUAUAAAUUAUUACUAUAUCAAUUAGAGAGACAACAAUAUAGAGAUUUGAAAAGUAAAUUUGAUAAAUUGGAAAGUUCACAAUUAUAUGGAGCUGAACAUUUUUUAAGGUUAUUUGGUAAAUAA